CUGGGUCCAAGUUCGAGCCUGCCUCCCACCUCUUCUGCUGUCAGCCCGAUGGCCAGCACCCCGGAUACAUCUCCUCCGCCGGACAUGCCUGAGGAUGCGGGAAAAGCUGAAACGGAGAAUGUGGACGGGAGGGCACCAGAUAUUGAAGACAUGACUCUUGACGAACGUUACGCACGCUUGUCGUACUUGUUGGAAAAAUCGGCCAUAUACUCUAGGUUGCUGAAGGAACGAAUGGAUAUGGCCAAGACGCGCUUUUCUCGCGACUCCAUGUCCGCGUCUCCUGCGCCUUCCUCUGUGAAGCACAAGGCUAAACCGGCAAAGCCGAUCAAAUUCAACCCGCGGAAGCGCCGUCUUGCAGUAGACAGCGAUUCCGAACCCGAGGCGACCUCGAAGCGCACGAAGUUAUCCGCUUCGCCCGCGGACGAUGGCGAACAGGAGGAAACGUCUGCGGACAACCUUCCUCCGAAGUUUGUGCAACCCGAGCUUGUGACUGGGGCGACUCUAAAAGAUUAUCAACUCGAAGGGGUAGCAUGGAUGGUGGGACUCUUCGAGAAUGGUAUCAGCGGUAUCUUAGCUGACGAAAUGGGUUUGGGCAAGACUCUACAAACAAUAGCUUUCUCCGCCUAUAUACGCGAGAAAAUCUCAGGCCCAUUCCUUGUUGUCUGCCCGUUGAGUGUGCUACAUAACUGGGUUUCUGAAUACCAACGCUUUGCUCCCGGAAUCCCGGUAUGUAUGUACCACGGCAACCCAGCCGAGCGCGCUGAGCUCCGUCGCACUGUGCUGGUCCCGCCGCCCAACGCGGACGCGCCCGACUUUUCGGUCAACGCAAAGGGAAAGCACCGCGCGAAAGCGGCCAAGCCUAAGGCGGCUGCGAAAGGUGCCAAGGGUAGGAAGGGAGGAAAGGCAAAAGCCAAAGCCAAAGCCGCUCCGCGUCGGUCGACGAGGGCCACCAGAAACCGCAAAGCGGCUGAGAGCGAAGAUGAAGAGGAUGAGGAGGAAGCGAUACCUACCGAUGACGAGGAGGAGAAGCCUGAGGAAAACCAGGAGGAACCACAGGCGGAGGUGGAGGAGAAACCCGAGAAGGAGGAUCCGCCGGAGAAGGGCGAGUGGGGGGACUUCCCGGUCGUGGUCACGACGUACGAGAUGCUUAUAAAGGACCAGAAAUACUUGAGCCAGUUCAAGUGGGGGUUCAUCGUCGUGGACGAGGGGCAGAGGUUGAAGAACUUUGACUGCCGGUUAAUGCAGGAGAUAAAGAGGUACGAGAGUGCGGGACGGAUCGUCCUGUCUGGCACCCCGCUGCAAAAUAACCUGGCUGAGCUAUGGUCACUGCUCAACUUCAUCCUACCCGACUUCUUCAACGACCUAGAUGUCUUCCAAGAGUGGUUCAAUCUCGAGGCCCUACAAAACCAAAUGGGGUCAGAGCGCGCACAGUCCAUAAUCGCCGACUUGCAUGGCAUCCUGAAGCCGUUCCUCCUGCGUCGGACGAAGGCCGACGUGGAGGUCGGGCUGAAUCUCCCGCCGAAGAAGGAGUACGUGAUCUACGUCGGGCUGAGCAAACGGCAGAAGGAGCUGUAUGACGCGAUCAUCGACGGCGGGCUCCGACGGCUGCUCGUGCGCGAGAAGAAUACGUCUAAUGGGCUGGCCGAGCUCGAUGAGGGCACGCUGAAGGAGGGCAGGCGGCUAAGGAGCGCGAAGGGUCAGGACGAGGGCGCGAAGGAUAAGAAAGGGAAGAGGGGGAGGAAGGGGAAGGCGACGGAGAAGUUUGAUAUAUUGGACGGGGAUGAUGAUGAGUACUUCGAGCGGCUGGAGAGGGGGGAAUUUGAUGGUGAGCAAUACACAGGGAAGGGCAAGAGCGUGGAGGAGCUGGGGCGGGAGUGGCAGAUGAAGUCUGCUCUGCGCCAGGUGAACAACCUCCGACUCCAAAACAUAAUCAUGCAACUCCGCAAAGCCUGCUCACACCCCUACCUCUUUGACUGGCCGCUCGACCCGCGCACGCACGCGCCGCUCGUGAACGCCGACCUCGUGCGCGCGAGCGGGAAGAUGCAGCUCCUGCAGCGGCUGCUCGACGCGCUGUUCGCGCGCGGGCACAAGGCGCUCGUGUUCAGCCAGUUCACCACGAUGCUCGACAUCAUGGAGGCGUGGGCGCGCGAGGAGAAGGGGUGGCAGCUGUGCAGGAUUGAUGGGUCCACGCCGCCGCAGGAGCGGCGGGACGAGAUGGAGCGGUUCCAGAGUGGGGGAGAGGGACCGAACGCGCCGAGGUUGUUCCUUUUGAGCACACGCGCGGGGGGGCUGGGGAUUAACCUUACUGCGGCGGAUACGGUUAUUUUCUACGACCAGGACUGGAACCCGCAGAUGGAUAUUCAGGCGCAGGACCGCGCGCACCGCAUCGGGCAGACGAAGCCCGUGCUCAUCUUCCGGAUGGUGACGCAAAACACGAUCGAGACGCGCAUCAUGCAGCGCGCGUCGGCGAAGCGCCAGCUCGAGGCGCUCGUCAUCGCCCGGGGCAAGUACAAGAACCCCGGCGUCGCGGCGCCCAAGAAGAAGAUGAGCGCGACGAUGACGGAGCUCGCGGCGGCGGCGGAUAUGCUCGCGCUGGGGGGCGAGGGGGAGGAGGUGGAUGUCGCGGAGGGAGGGGGGAUAAGUGACCGGGAGCUGGAGAUGCUGCUCGAUCGGAGGAGGGAGGUGUUUGAGGAACGUGGGAGCGGGUGGGAUUCGAAGAACGGGAGGGAAGGGAAGGAGGGCGCGAGAUUCGCGGUGUUCAGCGGGAGCGCGGAGGGCGGGAGCGAGGUGCUUGCGGGGAUGCUUGGGGAGAGGGUGGAGUAGACUUCUUGGAUUGGGCGGGGAGGAUGUAGAUGUAGUGUAUAUAAUAUGCUUGGGUUAAUGGGUAAUGGUGAGGGAUUAGAGUACUGUAGAUAUAUUGUGUCAUUGUUGUAUAUAUUGCGUAGCCGAGCGCCUCCGCG